ACGCGUGGGACGAGCUUCACUACCUCGAUCCUUUACAGUAACUAGUAUUGUUUUACGAACAUCAGUCUAUAUAGAUCUUGCUUAUAAAAGACUCUAGGCUAGAAACAGACAUCGUUUAAUGAAUUAAUAUCGCGAGGAGACGGCUGUAAUUGUGGUAUGGCAUUAAACCGUUAACGCGUUAGCUGUAAUUAAUGUCCGAGUGAAGUGCUUGAAGUGUGGAAGCUCUGAGAGUAUUGCUAAUAUUGCGUUAUCUAAUGAUGAUCGCUGUAUAACAGUGAGGCUCUGCGUCGAGCGUCGUUAUGUAGGCGGCGAAGUGGCAGCGCGUGAAUGGACGGGUUCGGGAUCGAUAGAGCUGAGUGCGCACGCCCGUCUGACAUACAGCUGGUCGCUUCGCAUCCGAUAUCAAAACGCCUCAACCAGUGUCUCAGUGCCUACUGUGAACGAUUUUAGUGCAUCUAUUUGGUCACGGAUAUGCUCCGCUCGCAGCGACGGCACUAAACGAUGUAAUGUGCCGCCCGUCGUUGGGGCAGGCUCUAUGGGCGCUGGCGCUCCUGAAUGCGCUGGCGCCCUCGCACGCCGAUGGGAACAUAGGUUGCUUAUUCAGUGCACCAUUGUGUGUAGAGGAGGUGGAAUGGUGCUACGAUGAUUUUGCAUUCGGGAAAUGCAUACCGGUAUAUGAGGAGGAACCUGAAGAAGGAGCACUCUAUCGGUAUGACAUGGGACCAGAGCAACUGCAGUGGUUCGAGGGCGAGCUCCAACGGCUUGCUACGCGUGGUUACCGAUGGGAGCAGGCAUACACGCAGUGCGUCUUACAAGCCAUGCUCUACACGUUACGGCAAAACUUAGAUCCGUCACAAGUUAACACGAAAAUAUGUGAACAUUUUGCUGACCCGAAAUUGACCUCUAGCAUAUUGCAAGAGGCAAACGAAAAUAUUGGUAUUGAGCCAGCUGAAACAGCGUUUGUACGAUUUACACCAAAUUCUGCCCUCAGCGACUCUGACUUUGCGAAUGAAGUUUACAAUCCACCAUUUUCUCCAGCAGGAAAUGCACCUGUUUACGUUAGUCGAGUGCCAGGAAUUGAGGAUAACGUCCCACUUGAUAAUGAAACUCCGAGCGAUAAAUUACGCGAUCUGCUAAUGACGGAUAACGAAGACUCUCCCGUCAUAUUGCCCUUUGAAGGAUUUAGAGAACGACUCCAAGCAGAAGAGAAAGCGAUAGCUCGCAAUGGCAUGUCAUCUCCUAUAAUUGAAAAAGAAAAGAAAUCUACUCGUAUGUCUGACAUUAUCACGCAAAACGAUCCUAAUGUCGGAUAUUCCGAUGAAGAACGACUUGGAGCUCAUUUUCGCAAACUAAAAAACAAGGUCCCUCCAUAUACGGCAGAGUAUAUAACUACGAAUAGAUUUUCGCCUCUUGAUGAGGAAGUUCGAUCAAAUGCGUACAAAAAUUACAAGCAAAGUUUUGCUGCCAAAAAUUUCCCAUUUGAAUAUGAAGAUCCAGUCGAUAUUUCUGAACCAAGAAUUUAUUACGACGAAGACUCAUCAGAAGAUUUCCCUAUAGAUGCAGGAAGUGGUGAGCUGGAUUCGUUUAACCUAAAAGAAAAAAACAAUGUAGAAGGAGAAGCAAAACAUUCAAAAAAUAUGGAAUACUUGAUGAAUUACUGGCAGGAUGUAAUAGAUGCGAAAGCUAAAUCUCAAGGUGCUCUUUACGCCGAAGGCGGUCCUCUAAGAGCUGAAGAUUUGCAAGGCCCCUUAAAUUCAAGAGAUUCAGCCCGGAUUCGCGACUCGCACCACAAUCAAGGUGUUACAGAUACCGACAAUGUUUCAGGUGAAAAUUACAAAUUUUAUCCUGAAGAGUUGCAAGAUAUACUUAAUAACGAAUGGGGCUUUAAACGUAGGGAAAGAGACGAUGUUAAAAAGCCCGGGCCGCGUGUGGACGCGAAAACGUUAAAGAUAUUAUACCACAAUAAAUCAGUGGCAGCUCAAGGAGCCCCACACGCACAAAAAGCUGUAAAACAUGGAGAUCACGAUCACAAUGAGUACGAUUAUGACCCAUCUUAUGCUUAUGUAUUAUUUAAAAAUAGAAUUCUUACGGACUGGGACAAGGGAGUUUCCUUCAUAUCAAAGCUGGAAGAAAUGCUCGGAUUAGAGAAGAAUACAUUUACAAACCCAAGGGUUGACCCCGGUGAAGUGACUUUUAAAGUGGAGAAAAAUAAAAAAGGCUACGAUGCUGUUGACGUUGCUAGACGAGUCAAUGACAUAAAAGAGGCGCUGCGUAUAGAGACGGGCGCGCAAAUUUUAUCAACGGGAGUGGGCGACAGAAGUAAACGUCCAGUUAUCCGACACGCCGAAUCUCCAGAAACACUAAUCUUCGGUUUGGAAUUGCCCGUUUUGCUAGCUCUGGUAGGGAGCUUUUCGGUCCUGGUAGUAGGCGCUGUGGUCUUUGUUAUUCUGUUGAAAAGAGAUAUGAAUGCUAAAAAGAUGCGGGGAUUGUCUUCUGCCGCUGAAAUUGAUGCAGAAGCAACCAGGGAUUACCAGGAAUUAUGUCGCGCACGGAUGUCUGGCAAGUGGUCUGGACAGCAGACAACUGCAGCACCUCCCCACCCUGCCGAGCCGGCACAACGCAUCACCUCUCUGUCCCGCGACCCUGACGGCAACUCGCCUUCUACAAGAUCGAGCACUUCUUCUUGGAGUGAAGAACCAGCCCUUACCAACAUGGACAUCUCUACCGGACACAUGGUUUUGGCUUACAUGGAAGACCAUCUCCGUAACAAGGACCGCCUAGAGCAGGAAUGGCGUGCUCUAUGCGCAUAUGAAGCUGAGCCUUGUGCCACCUCCGCCGCCUUGAAGGCAGACAACACUGGCAAGAACCGAUAUGCUGAUGUCCUGCCCUAUGACCACUCAAGGGUCACGCUGAAUACGCUCUCUAACCACCUUGGAUCUGACUAUAUUAACGCUUCUACUAUCACCGACCAUGACCCUCGAAACCCGGCGUACAUCGCAGCAGCAGGCCCGCUGGCCCACACUGCUCCCGACUUCUGGCAGAUGGUGUGGGAACAAGGCUCUGUCGUGAUGGUCAUGCUCACCCGCCUCACAGAGAAUGGACAGCAGCUCUGCCACCGCUACUGGCCUGAGGAGGGAUCUGAGCUCUACCAUAUCUACGAGGUUCACCUAGUGAGCGAGCACAUCUGGUGCGACGACUACCUGGUCCGCAGCUUCUACCUGAAGAACCAACGCACCGGCGAAACUCGGACGGUCACCCAAUUCCACUUCCUCUCGUGGCCAGAGAACGGCGUUCCAUCUUCAACCAAGGCUUUGCUUGAAUUCAGGAGGAAGGUGAAUAAGUCGUAUAGGGGAAGAUCUUGCCCGAUCGUAGUUCACUGCAGUGACGGAGCCGGCCGAACUGGAACCUAUUGCCUGAUUGAUAUGGUACUGAACCGCAUGGCUAAAGGCGCUAAGGAGAUUGACAUCGCUGCCACCCUGGAACACAUCCGCGAUCAACGACCCCGCACCGUCGCCACCAAGCAGCAAUUCGAGUUUGUACUCAUGGCUGUUGCUGAAGAGGUACACGCGAUCCUGAAGGCUCUACCUGCUCACUUACAACAACUGCAGGAAAAGAAGGACAAGGAAAAAGAAAAAGAGAAGGAAAAAGAAAAAGAAAAAGAUGGCGCCGACAAGAAACCCGUUAACUGAACUACGCACCGCUUAAGCUCUCACACGAAAUGUAUUGAAAUAUUUGUGUUAAAGAUAAUGUUAGGCAUUUAAUAUGGAUUACGCUCCUAGUUGAGAAUUUCGUUAUAGGUAUACUUAUAUCAAACAUUCAUGUUUCUCAUUUGGAUAUAUAUUACUUUCCGCUUCGAAGUUCUUGACUCGGAUUGUUUAGAUUUAUACGCUCUUGCAUAAUAUAUUUAUGUUAGGAAAGGUAAACCGCAAAAAGAGCAUUAUUCAUAGUAAUGAUCAUAACUAAGUAUAUAUGGAGUCUUUCGCAAAACUAAGCAUUUAUUUUUAUAAUAAGCUUUAUCUUCAUAUGAGUUAUUUUCAUGUAAUAUGUAAUAUACAUUUACAGACUAUUUAUAUAUGUAUGUAUAAUGCAAAUUGUCUAGCUUGUGUCCGAAAUUGAUGUAGUCAAUUGUGAAGGUGUCUUUAUCUUUACCGACAUACCUGCAUAUAAUAUUAUUUGCGGAAAACUAUCUAUGCACUUCAUUAAGUUUAGAAGACUAAAUAUUUAGAAUAAACAGAACCUGGGUACGGCUUGGAACUGUUCAAUCGUAUGUACAACGGACUUAAUAUCAUUCAUAUAUUCCUCCAAAUGGUACUAUGUUGACAUUGACUUGUUAUAUCUUUAAAAUAACAACCUUUUGAAGCAUAAAAUGCGCAUUAGUUUAUGAAAUGAUCUAGUCAAUAUUAUCGUUGAUUUAAUUACAAAAUAUAAUAUUUUAAUCGUGGUCGAUGAGGCCUAUUUUAGUAAUUUACGUAAUAGAUAUAGACAGCUUGUGGCAUUUUAACUUCAAGAUUCCAUACCAAAGCAACCAUAGCCAUGUAUAAAAUAUGCACCCUUGUGUUACUCUUUCUUGCUUUUUAAUAAUCAUCUGUGUCAUGUUAGAUCUUGUUAAACAUAUGUUAUACAAUCAGUCUUUGUUACUUAAUUAUUUAGGAGUUAGCAAUGUUAACUUAAAUGAGCCAGGGCAAAAUAUUAUGUCUAUCCAAUCAUAUCCUGAGAUUAACGGAAUACCUGAAAUAAAAUAAUCAGCCAUUAUAUAACGUGAAAAGGAAUAUUUACAGAAGCUAGUAGCAAAUAAUAGGGUACAUACUUAAUACAUCUUAUGUACGAUAUUUAUAUAAGAUUAUAUUUACUGCAUAUUAUGGGAAAAUGUAAAAAAAAUACCUACUUACGAAAUUAUAAAAGUAGAUUUAGAUUAAGAGAAAAAUAUAUUUAACCGUAUUUCUGUAUGAAAUUAUAUGUAGUUUUUAUGUGAAUGAUUGAAUAAUGGAUUUUGAUUAAAUUGUUUUAGGGAA